UGAUCCGGUCCGGUCCAGUCAUGCAGUCCCUGACCGAGGAGAUCAAGAGCUUCUCUCGGACCCGGCUGAGGAAGCAGUGCACACGCGUGACGUCACUGAGCGGCCGUCGCAUCAUCGAGACCUGGAAGGGCUCCACCAUCACCGUGGUCGAAGACCCCGCACCCCCAGAGAAGAUGCUGGGAUACGUCCCCGAUACCUCCUGGGACCUGCAGGUGGGCAUCGUGAGGCCCUACCUGCUGCUGGGUUCUCAAGAUGCUGCACAUGACUUUGGCACUCUGAAAAAACACAAGGUGUCUCACAUCCUGAACGUGGCCUUCGGGGUGGAGAACGUGUUUCCUGACCUGUUCAUCUACAAGACCGUCAGCAUCCUGGAUCACCCCGACGCCGACGUGCUGCUGCACAUCCAGGAGUGCUGUGACUUCAUCCAGAAGGCUCGCAGCGAGAAAGGCGCGGUGUUGGUCCACUGCAACGCCGGUGUGUCACGUGCGCCGGCCGUGGUCACCGGCUACCUGAUGGCGUGCGAGGGCCAGUCCUUCGACGCCGCCCUCUCGUUGGUCAAAUCGGCCCGGCCCGCCUCGUCCCCCAACCCCGGCUUCAUGGAACAGCUGAGGAGCUGCAAACCACCGAUGAUGAACGGAUGCAAACGCUGACGGAGGAAGGGAAGAUGCCCGAGGCGCUUCCACGGGUUUUAAGAAGAAAUGCGUUUUGACUUUAAUGAGAAAUAUUUCAUGUGAUUCCAAGACUUGUAACGAAUCACAUUUGGGGGUUUUGUGUGUCUGAAAAGAGACGGAUCUGGUUGUAUUUCGUCAUCAGACAAUGAAAAUUUAAAUUACUGCACAGCACCUGAACUCUUUAAAACGGAUUUGGCCUGAAAUACCACAUGUUGGAAACUGAUUCAUCCGAUCCCAUCCAUUUAAUGAUCUGUACCUGUUAGAUGUGGUUUUAUUUGUAUCGAGACUAAAUGCAUCUUCCUGAUUGUGUGGUUUUGUUCUGCGUGUUUUGAUGAUGUCAUGGUGUUACUCAACACUUUCAAGUGUUUUCCCAAAAACCUUGCCUUG